AUGGCAGUAUACAGAAACAGAGGAAGAAAUUUUGAUAAUCACAGUAUUGCAGGAGUGAGGUACUCCAAAGAUACUUUACAUCAUGUUAUCGAAAGCAAUAGGUACCUGAACAACUAUUCUCAAAGUUUCGAACUCUCGUCAGAAAGCAACGAAGGCUACAAAAACUUCAAUUACAACAAAAUAAAACUCCCUUUUGCAUGAAAGAAGUACUCUGUGCCAGAUCACACCGUGAAAUUCAUCAAAAAUCUGAAAAAAAAAAGGCUACGCUCGAAAUUAGUUAAAAAUUUAUGAAAAUAAGACUGGGCCUCAGGACCAACAAAUACGAGAGAUCCUGCAUAAAUACGACCCUAGGCUGACCAAGCAUGAAAACUUCUUGAUCUCUGUCGACGCCAAGCUUUCCCUAGCGAAGUUACCCAAAUUGGUAUCAAAAUAAACCGAAAAAGAUGAAAAAUCUUAAAUUUGGACAUAUAAACAAACAUCUGAGGCAGAGUAAGAUUAAGAAAUUACAUGAAUGACUGAAUCUUACCAAAAUCAAAAAAGGAAAGCUGGAUAAGUCAUCGCUUUGGGAUCGAUAUUUUAAUGAUAAGACGUUGGAAUAUAAUCCUUAUUCUCAGCUAAACUACAGUACUAUCCUACCAAGUAGCAGUAUCCAGCCUGAUGCCCUAAUAAAUCCCAGAAAUCCCCCAAGAACGUCACUAGAUUUUGAAAUUUAGCUUAAAAGUAUCAAAAAUCCCCAAGAAUAUCCUAAACUACAAAUUUCAACCGAGGUAGCU